CUGUAGCGCCCCACUGCGUCCAAAACACAAACGACGUAAACAAACGUAAGGUUAGAGUUGGCUGUAUUGUCGCACGUGUGAGUCAGUGUAACGCCGAAAAUAAUUGCUGUUAUUUCAUAAAAAAACAACAAUAAUGGCUGUAUUACAACGUGUGGUCAAACCGACCACUCGCAAAGGUAAAAAGAUACUCAUCAGCAAGGAGCCGCAAAUCAUCGAGGGAGUCAAGCGCACACUAUUUUUCACUGGUAGAAAAGCAUCGGAUACGAUUCGCGGGGUGAUGAAAGACCUCUAUGAUCUUAAAAAACCAGAUGCUUUCAAAAUGCAGCGCAAGAAUGAUGUUACAGUGUUUGAGAAUCCCACACCAGUUGAACAAUUUUGCAGAAAACACGAGACACCACUGUUCCUAAUGGGUUCAAACACAAAGAAACGCCCGGAUAAUAUUGUCCUUGGUAGAAUGUUUGAUUAUGCUCUACUGGAUAUGAUUGAGUUAGGGGUUGAUAAUUUUGAUGCAAUGAAGGCUUUCUGUGGCAGGAAAAUCACAGUUGGUUGUAAGCCUCUAUUGUUGUUCAAUGGGCCACACUGGGAGCAGAGUGAUGAUCUAAAACAGCUGAAAUCCAUGUUCAUUGACUUCUUUCAUAGGGAAAAUGUAGAUAAUGUUAGAUUGCAAGGUUUGGAGCAUGCACUCAGCUUUACAGUGUCAGAGGAGGGUAAAAUUAUGUUCAGGUCAUACAAAAUUUUGUUGAAGAAGUCUGGGAGUAGAACGCCCCGCAUAGAAUUGGAAGAAAUAGGUCCAAGAAUAGAUUUUACUCUCAGACGUACGAAACUGCCCAGCGACGACCUAAUGAAAUUAGCCUGCCGUCAACCUAAAUCCCUCAAAGUCACCAAGAAGAAGAAUAUUUCCAAGGAUGGUUUAGGCACAACGCACGGCCGCGUCCAUCUUGGAAAGCAGGACAUCAAUAAACUGCAAACACGCAAGAUGAAAGGUCUUAAAAAGUCCGUCAAGGAACAGAAAGCGCUUCGCAACGCUGGUAAAGCGCUCAGUAAUGGCAUUCCUUCACCACUUGUCAAACAAAUAAAACCACGUCAGAAGAAAGUGGUAUCAUAACGUGAACGAAAACCACGAGUACUGUACAUUUACACUAAAUCAUAGGGUAAAAUCGUAUUUUAAUUUAAAGGUUAAAUUAAAGUAGGCUACAAUUAAGAAGUUGCGCAAUAUAUGGAACGUUAUUAAUUCGCAUAAUUGUAAAUACGCGACUUGCGCUGAGAGUCCAGACGAUUUUUCUAUCUUAAGUACGUUGAAUACUUAUUUAUAAGCUAAAUAAAUGAAAUUGAACACAAA